GUGAGGAUAGAGGAGGGCGUCUCGUCGCCGCCUUCUCCUCCUAUCGUAACGGAAAGCAGCUCCUCCUUUGGUCCCACCCUCAUCCUCUCUCACCCUACCACCUCCCCCGUUCUCCAACUUCUGCCUGCUACGCAACUCCAGGUAGACCUGACUAUGGAUACUUCGGUGGAUGCAAUGAUGCCCUACCAUUCAUCGACAGCCAGCAGCAAUGCGGAACCCAGCGAGCCUGUCUACUAUGCAGAGAACCGUCGUUGGUACUAUCUGGCUCUGCCUUCCCAAAUCUCUGCCGGGUUGCCACUCCUGCGCUGUGGCGUCCUUCUACAAACUUGCGGACACGCGGUUCACAAGGAGUGUUUCCAACGCUAUCGAGCUCAGGUACGGUCCAGUCUUUUCUGCCUCCGUUGGCACACUAUUUCGGACCUCUGGUAG